UUUUUUUUUUCAGUACAUACACUACCACACGACGACAUCGUCCUUACUUGCGUCUUAGGCUGAUUCUGUUCAAGACAUUUUCUUUACCUUUUCUUGCAGAUAUAUUAUUGGUCUCGCAUUUCAUUUGCUGAUGAUGGACGGAAUGAGCAGGGGGUGGUGCGCGUGGUGCUAGCGAUGUAUAAAGAGACGACUAACUUGGGGACGGCUGAUUGACCAAUAGCGCUCGUUGCCUUUGUAGAUCCGGGCCGCAGCACAGUGAUAUAAGUGGGAUGCUUGGCGUGCAUGCACACUUCAUCUUAUCGGUUCAGUGACUCGCCUAGAUCGUAGCACAUACGGUAUCUCUUCACCAGCAACGACAAUGCCAGCUCCAGCAAGCUUCAGCAACUACAUCGACACGCACGCAGAUGCAUUUAUCAAGCGUCUAGGCGAUGCCGUUGCUAUUCAAAGUAUCAGCAGUGAUGCUCGUCGACGCGAGGACGUCAUUGUGAUGGGAAAUUGGCUGAACGGCCAGUUGAACGAGCUUGACGUCGAGACUAAGCUCGUAGAUCUCGGCACGCAUGAGAUGCAGGGGCAGACGCUGCAGCUCCCUCCGGCCAUUAUCGGACGCCUGGGGAGCGACCCUGCGAAGAAGACGGUGUUGAUAUAUGGACACUACGACGUGCAGCCUGCACUGAAGACGGACGGCUGGAAGACGGAUCCGUUCACGCUUGUGGUGGACGAAGAUUCAGGUCGCUUGAUCGGUCGUGGCUCGACAGAUGAUAAGGGCCCGAUUUUGGGCUGGUUGAAUGUCCUAGAGGCACAUAAAAACCUGGGAAUUGCGAUGCCUGUGAAUUUGCGAAUUUGUUUUGAGGGUAUGGAGGAGAAUGGGAGCGAGGGGUUGGAUGAGUGCAUUCAGGAGGAGGUGAAGAAGGGUAAGGACGGGUGGUUUGACGGAGUUGAUUGCGUGUGCAUCAGUGACAAUUACUGGCUGAACACCCGAACCCCUGCACUGACAUAUGGGCUACGUGGUAUUGCAUAUUUCAGCAUCAACAUUACUGGGCCCGGUCAAGAUCUGCAUUCAGGGUUAUUUGGGAGGACGGUGCACGAACCCAUGACAGAUUUGAUCAAGCUCAUGAGCAAGCUUGUGGAUCAUAACGGAGACAUUUUGAUUCCUGGCAUCGAUGACAUGGUCCCACCCCAUGACGAGGACGAAUUGAAGCUUUACCAGAAGAUGGACUAUACGAUAGAUGAUAUCGAAGAGGCUGCUGGUGGAAAGGUGGCACUGUCAUCGGAAAAGACUACCGUGCUAAUGGGCCGAAUGCGUCAGCCAUCCCUUUCCCUACACGGCAUCGAGGGGGCAUUCUCAGCGGUCGGAGCUAAAACUGUCAUUCCUGCCAAAGUGGGCGGGAAGUUCAGUAUUCGCCUCGUUCCUCCCCAAACUCCGGAGAAGAUCAUACCCCUUGUCCAUGCAUACCUCGAAGCCGAGUUUGCGAAGUUUAACAGCAAGAACAAGAUGGAGAUAGAGUACCUACACGGCGGUAAACCUUGGGUUGCAGACGUUAGGCACUGGAACUUUGAAGCUGCAAAGAAGGCUAUCGAGGCUGUGUAUAAGAAGACACCAGACUACACACGUGAAGGAGGCUCGAUCCCCGUGACGCUGACAUUUGCGGAGAGCCUGGGCGUAAACGUAUUAUUACUGCCUAUGGGCAGAGCAGAUGACGGAGCUCACUCGACCAACGAGAAGCUGGAUCGAUCGAAUUUCAUUGAAGGAACGAAGGUCCUAGGUACCUACUUGUACGAGGUUGGCGCUGCUGCAUGA